AUCACAAGUGCAUCAUCAUUCCAUGAACAGUGUGACGUUCUUAGAGGGGUUAUAAAAGGGGGAGGUAAAAUAGGCAACGACCUCUCUUGCUUUAGUGGUCAUGUUGUGAACUAAACACCAUCUCUUUUGCACUCGCAUUGCAUUGCUGUGGAAAAUGGCGACGAGUUCGGAGCUGCCAGAUUAUACUUCCCCAACAAAACGACGGAAAAUUGACGACAACAGUUAUAAAGCACCAUCGGACUUGGAACUCGAUUUUCGAAACAACAAGCAAUUGAACGAUCAUCAAACCGAGGAUCUUGAAGAAACUCUAGGCUGUGAUAGUGGAUUCAAUGACAUGAGUGAUGGAAUAAAAUCAGCUUCCGGUUCAUCUGAGACAACAAAUCUUUCUAUAACUCCAAAUCGCUCUGAUUCCACAAGUGACGAUACAGGCUGCACACUUGAUACGGAUGAAAAGGACGAAGUGUCCUCAACGGUGUCUUAUCUUUCGGAUCUGUCCGGACUCUCCGAUCUUUCUGGUGAAGGUGAAAAUAAUCAUCACUGGUUAUUAGAAGUCAGUGGAAGUGCAUCCACUUGGGUUCAAAAGCAAAUACUAAUGGGGACAGAUCCAAGGGAACUUAUUCAACAUGUCUUCAUGGAGUCAACUCCUAUUCCAGAUCAAGUUGACGAUCUCACCUUGUGGAAGAUAAUUGUGAACAUGAUGUCGGAACCGCCAAGAAGACAGAAAUUAAGACACAUUAACACCAUAUCGGACGUGGUUAGAUUGAUAAGUACGAGUAAAAAAAUUGUAGUAUUAACCGGAGCUGGCGUCAGUGUUAGUUGCGGAAUUCCUGAUUUUAGAAGUAAGGACGGCAUUUACUCUCGAUUAGCGCAGGAUUUUCCCGAUUUACCCGAUCCACAAGCUAUGUUCGACAUCAAUUAUUUCGCACAAGAUCCAAGGCCGUUUUUCAAAUUUGCACGUGAAAUUUAUCCCGGUCAAUUUAAACCAAGUCCGUGUCAUAGAUUUAUUAAAAUGUUGGAAAAACAGAAGAAAUUGCUAAGAAACUAUUCACAAAAUAUCGAUACUUUAGAGCAAGUUGCUGGAAUUGAAAAUGUUAUCGAGUGUCACGGUUCUUUUGCAACAGCGUCGUGCACUCGUUGUAAAUAUCAAGUGAAAGCUGACGAUAUCAGGGCUGAUAUUUUCGCACAGAAGAUACCAAUUUGUCCGAAAUGCAAGGAAAAAUCAUUGCCAUCAAUGAAUGAAGCUAAUCUAAACGAAUCCUAUAGAGAUUUAGUGUCGCAGGGUAUCAUGAAACCGGAUAUCGUAUUUUUUGGUGAAGGUCUUCCGGACGCUUUUCACGACGCCAUGUCCAAGGACAAGGACGAAUGUGAUCUCUUAAUUGUAAUUGGCUCGUCGCUCAAAGUUCGGCCGGUUGCAUUAAUUCCGUCUUCGAUUUCAUCCCACGUUCCUCAAAUUCUCAUUAAUAGAGAAUCGCUUCCGCAUUUGAAGUUUGAUAUCGAACUUCUUGGAGAUGGAGACGUCAUUAUCAACCUCCUGUGUCAUCUAUUGGAAGGUCCUUUCAAAGAUGUUUGCUGUCAAGAAAAAGUCCCCCAAGAAGUGAAACAAUUAUUACCGGUUCAAUUAAGUUCAUACGAUUCGUGGGAACAAAGUCAGGAUACAAUAACAAAUCCUGAAUUUUCACAAGACAUGAGUAAAACUGAAGAGAAAUCACAAAACAUCUCCUCAGAGAGUCAGGACAGUUUUAUCAUGAAUACAACGUCAAAGCGAAUAAAUACGGAUAUUUGUAUUUCACCAUUUCAUGCCGGUCAUAUGGAGAAUACAGAAGGUAGUUUUCAAUUAUUGGGCGAGAGUCCAAAGAGACGUUUGGGAAACUCAAGCGUUGAAAGUAGUCCAAAGCGGAUACGUUACGAUAAUGAAUCGACGGAAUUCAUUUCACCGAGUUCAAUUGGCAAAAAAUCGCCGGGACACGUUGUACCUGAUGAGACAACGAUUAAAGAAACAGAAGAGAAUUAUUCAUCAACCGAGGAAUGUCACGUUGUUCCACGUGGUGAGAAUUCAAUAGACUCUGGUAAAGAGGAGAGUUCGACAGAAAGUAAUAAAAAUGAUUUCACCGAAUGUGACAGUGGUUCGGAUACAAUUGGUCUUAAACCAAGACAUGCAUCAAUUGAUUCGGCUAUGGAUUCUGGUUUGGGCGAUAGUUGUAAUAGUAACGAUUGCACUGAUCGAAAUCAAGAUGAGUCGAAGGUACAUGAAGUCGACAGACAUUGUUGGCAAUCGAAGACAAGGGAGAGUCUGGCGACACGUUUGCCUGAAAAUUCCUAUUUUCAACUGGCACCCGGAAGAUAUAUUUUCCAAGGAGCUGAAGUUUACGCCAACUUUGAAGAUUAUGAUCGUUGCUCGAUAUCAGCCAAUUCGGAAAGUUCGGACAGCGAUAGUGAUUCUUCAUCGGACGACGAAGAAGUAGCUUGUGAGUAGAAGCAAUCGAUUUAUAUUUGAAGAUCCUAUUUCCAAAAAGAAUUACCUACGUUCUUCAAAAAUCGAUUGUCUUAGGUGUAGACGACAAUCUCUGACUUCGCAGACAGCGACGCAGAAAAUCGAGUCAUUUUCUGGUCUGGUAAUUCAACCAGAAAUGACCAAGAUAUAUUUUUCAUUAAGCGUUUAAUUAAAAUUGAACAUAUCGGCGAUAUAAAAAAACGCGUUAAUUUCAUUCGUAACUUUUUCUUCAGAAAAAAGUAUCGAGAAAAAGAAGGAAAAAGAUUUGAAUAAUUUCACAAAUCACUUUGGAAAUAAAGGAAAAAUAUUUUUCACUUUAUUUUCAAGCUUGAAAUUAUUUAUUACUAAAUAUUUAAUUAUUACUUAGUAAUAAAUAGACUAUUAAAUGAAUUUAUUUUCGAGUGACGAGCAAGUAUUAUCACAGACAACAAUAUUUGAUCAAAAAAUCAAUUCAUUAUUUAAUAUUUCUUUUUAUUUAUCAAUUAAAAAUAAAUAUUAAAUUUUUUUCGAAACUAAAAAAUGUUUCUUUUAUGGUCUGUGAUAAAUUGCGAUUAGAUCUCCACUCUUCCAUUUUCUAAUUCAUAGAAACUUAUUUAUGUACGAAAAAAAGAAAAACUUGUAAAUAUGACAUUUUGCUAAACUAUCAUUUUCAUUAAGAAUUUAAGAGAGAGACUAAGAAAAUAGAUAUUUAAGAAAUCAUAAGUUUCCUUUAAGAACUUUUUGUAAAUAUAGCGUAAUGAAAAGUGCAGUAAGUUUUAAUAAAAUUUAGUCUUUUAAAACUAUAUUAAAAUAGAACUGAAAUUGACAACAAUAUAUUAGUGCACUAGUAGAUAGCAUAAUAUUUUCUCGCGUUAUUAAAUUAACGCGAUUGUGUUAAAAGAAUGCUUUAAAAAAAACAUGAGCACUUAGUUAGAAAUUCGUAAAGUGUGCGAGAAAACUUCUUUUUUUCUUUUUAAUCACGAGAGUAAGUAUUUUGAGCUUUUUUAAAAAAGCAAAUUAUUCUCUUUGGAAAGGAUAAAUUAUUAUUGUAAAUUUUAAAGAAGGAAAAAAGAAAAAAAAUUAUCAUUUAAGUUCAAAUUUGAGAUCUCAUUGUUUUUGGUAAAAUUGAAGUCUGAGUUUUUUUUCUCUUUUUUUUGUGGCGAAAGAAUAGGAUUUUUUUUAUAGGCAAAGUUUUCGUUAUUAAGGGUAAUAAAUUAUGGAUGAAAAUUGUCACGUUACCAUCUGUUUCGGAUGAUUUGGGGCAAACAAUUUUUUAUUUUAUCGAAUGUUUUGUUUUUAACAUACUGAAGAUUAUUUUUCUUUUAAAAAACACUAAUUU